UGGGAAGCCGGAGUCGUAGCUUUCUUCGGUGCCGAAAAAGAAGUCACUAGAAAUAGUGCUGAAAUAAUCACUUUUGUUUCGUUGUCUGUCUGUACACCUUUAUUAACUGAGUUGGAUAUCGGCUAAAGGGUAUACUGCUGACAACAUUGUUGACUUCACGCUUUCUUGAGCAUCAGCAGACGGGGUCGGUUUAACUGAAGAGGCACACAGCUAAUUAGCGUUAGCUUGCCAGUAGCAAUUUAGCAAUAACAGUCGUGAACGGUAACUCGCAAAGCAGGUGGGUAGGUAGCAUUUGGGCCGUUCGGGUAUUUGCACCGUGCCGGGUCAGACAGGAUCCGUUCGUGAAACUUCGAGAAUCGGCGUGCCAACGAGAAUAACUGUUUAAUAAGUUACAAACUCAGCGUUAACCAUAUAGGACGUUCUCAGACAAAGAUUCUCCAUCAGCUGUCAGGACCGUUUGAAAAUAUCUUACUUGUACGUUAAUUUAAGUUCUUAUUUAUUUGCCGCUUAUAACAACAUCGGAGGAGCGCCAAAAGUGCAGAACUGCGUGUGCUCCUACUCAAGGAAGUGAACAGAAAGGAGGAAUUAGGUAGCGGUAUCACAAUGAGUUACAAACCGAUUGCACCCGCCCCUGCUGGAUCCAACCACACUCCACCAGGAUCCUGUGGGUCGUCUCCAUCAUUGCCCUCGUCCUCAAACUUCAGGCCAGCUUUCAGUGAUUUUGGUCCACCCUCCAUGGGCUUCGUACCGCCCGUAAAAGUAUCCCAGGGUUCCACCUACAGCGAGCUGCUGUCAGUCAUCGAGGAGAUGGGCCGUGAGAUCCGGCCGACCUAUGCCGGGAGCAAGAGCGCCAUGGAGAGGCUAAAGAGGGGUAUCAUUCACGCCCGGGCUCUCGUCAGAGAGUGUCUAGCAGAAACGGAAAGAAGCGCUCGUACAUAACCUUCCCCCUGCGCCUCUCUGAGGUCUCACCCUCCCACCUGUCUCUCUCUCACACACACGCCCACUUGCUCUCGUGCUUUCUAUUUCACUUACACACACACACACACACACAGCUGAAUUCCAGGACUCACUCACACACUCAUACACACAUCAAGCUGAAAUCCUGAUUCAUUCAUACUCACACAAACACGCACGUGCGGAGUUCAACUCCUUGAACUCGCUCACACUCUUGCACACACACCUUCUCUCUUUCUCACACACACACACAGUGCUGAUGCCCUCGUCCCUUUUAUCUACCUUUUUCACACAUAGUGCUGAUGCAAUUAGCACGGUAAUUUUGUAAACCCAAAUUUUUGCAGUUCUGUAAUUAAAUGAAAAAAAAAAUCUG